GCAAGCAGCAGAGUUGACGCUCAGCGACAUGGGCAACUUGAAGAGUGUGGCCCAGGAACCUGGGCCACCCUGUGGCCUGGGUCUGGGGCUAGGCCUCGGGCUGUGCGGCAAGCAGGGCCCAGCCACCCCAGCACCUGAGCCCAGCCAGGCCCCAGCGUCCCUACCCCCACCAGCAUCAGAACACAGCCCCCCACUAACUCAGCCCCCAGAAGGACCCAAGUUCCCUCGAGUGAAGAACUGGGAGGUGGGGAGCAUCGCCUACGACACCCUCAGCGUCCAGGCACAACAGGAUGGGCCCUGCACCCCAAGACGCUGCCUGGGCUCCCUCGUAUUUCCACGGAAGCUGCAGAGUGGGCCCUCUUCAGGUCCUGCAGCCCCUGAGCAGCUACUGAGUCAGGCCAGGGCCUUCAUCAACCAGUACUUUGGCUCCAUCAAGCGGAGUGGCUCCCAGGCCCACCAGCAGCGGCUCCAAGAGGUGGAAGCUGAGGUGGCGGCCACAGGCACCUAUCAGCUUCGGGAGAGUGAACUAGUGUUCGGGGCCAAGCAGGCAUGGCGCAAUGCCCCCCGCUGUGUGGGCCGGAUCCAGUGGGGGAAGCUGCAGGUGUUCGAUGCCCGAGAUUGUAGGUCUGCCCAGGAAAUGUUCACCUUCAUCUGCAAUCACAUCAAGUAUGCCACCAACCGGGGCAACCUUCGCUCAGCCAUCACAGUGUUCCCGCAGCGCUGCCCCGGCCGCCGGGACUUCCGGAUCUGGAACAGCCAGCUGAUUCGCUAUGCAGGCUACAGGCAGCAGGAUGGCUCUGUGCGGGGUGACCCAGCCAAUGUGGAGAUCACCGAGCUCUGCAUCCAGCACGGCUGGGCCCCAGGAAACGGCCGCUUCGACGUGCUGCCCCUGCUACUGCAGGCCCCAGAUGAGCCCCCAGAACUCUUCACUCUGCCCCCCGAUCUGGUCCUUGAGGUGCCCCUGGAGCACCCCACGCUGGAGUGGUUCUCGGCCCUGGACCUGCGCUGGUAUGCUCUCCCGGCGGUGUCUAACAUGCUGCUGGAAAUUGGGGGCCUGGAGUUCCCUGCAGCCCCCUUCAGUGGCUGGUACAUGAGCACUGAGAUUGGCAUGCGCAACCUGUGUGACCCUCACCGCUACAACAUCCUAGAGGAUGUGGCUGUCUGCAUGGACCUGGAUACCCGGACAACCUCAUCCUUGUGGAAAGACAAGGCAGCGGUGGAAAUUAACGUGGCUGUGCUGCACAGUUACCAGCUAGCCAAAGUGACCAUCGUGGACCACCAUGCUGCCACAGCCUCCUUCAUGAAGCACCUGGAAAAUGAGCAGAAAGCCAGGGGGGGUUGCCCUGCUGACUGGGCCUGGAUUGUGCCUCCCAUCUCAGGCAGCCUCACUCCUGUCUUCCAUCAGGAGAUGGUCAACUACUUCCUGUCCCCUGCCUUCCGCUACCAGCCAGACCCCUGGAAGGGGAGUGCAGCCAAGGGCACUGGCAUCGCCAGGAAGAAGACCUUUAAGGAAGUGGCCAACGCGGUGAAGAUCUCUGCCUCACUCAUGGGCACAGUGAUGGCAAAGCGAGUGAAGGCCACAAUCCUGUACGGCUCUGAGACUGGACGGGCCCAGAGCUUCGCGCAGCAGCUGGGGAGACUCUUCCGGAAGGCUUUCGACCCCCGGGUCCUGUGCAUGGAUGAGUAUGAUGUGGUGUCCCUGGAGCACGAGACACUGGUGUUGGUGGUGACCAGCACGUUUGGGAAUGGGGAUCCCCCAGAAAAUGGAGAGAGCUUUGCCGCGGCCCUGAUGGAGAUGUCGGGCCCCUACAACAGCUCCCCGAGGCCGGAACAGCACAAGAGUUACAAAAUCCGCUUCAACAGUGUCUCCUGCUCAGACCCACUGGUGUCCUCUUGGCGGCGGAGGAGGAAGGAGUCCAGUAACACAGACAGUGCAGGGGCCCUGGGCACCCUCAGGUUCUGUGUGUUCGGGCUGGGUUCCCGAGCAUACCCCCACUUCUGUGCCUUUGCUCGUGCGGUGGACACACGACUGGAGGAGCUGGGCGGGGAACGCCUGCUGCCGCUGGGCCAGGGUGAUGAGCUGUGUGGCCAGGAAGAGGCCUUCCGUGGCUGGGCCCAGGCAGCCUUCCAGGCCUCCUGUGAGACUUUCUGUGUUGGAGAGGAUGCCAAGGCUGCCGCACGAGACAUAUUCAGCCCCAAACGGAGCUGGAAGCGCCAGAGGUACCGGCUGAGUGCCCAGGCCGAGGGCCUGCAGUUACUGCCAGGUCUGACCCACGUGCACAGGCGCAAGAUGUCCCAGGCUUCAGUCCUCUCGGUGGAAAACCUGCAAAGCAGCAAGUCCACCCGAGCCACAAUCCUGGUGCGCCUGGACACCAGUGGCCAGGAGGGGCUGCAGUACCAGCCAGGGGACCACAUAGGCAUCUGUCCACCCAACCGGCCUGGCCUCGUGGAGGCGCUACUGAGCCGUGUGGAGGACCCGCCAGCACCUACUGAACCAGUGGCAGUGGAACAGCUGGAGAAGGGCAGCCCUGGUGGCCCUCCCCCCGGCUGGGUGCGGGACCCCCGGCUGCCCCCGUGCACGCUGCGCCAGGCUCUCACCUUCUUCCUGGACAUCACCUCCCCACCCAGCUCUCAACUCCUUCGCCUGCUCAGCACCCUGGCUGAAGAGCCCAGUGAACAGCAGGAGCUGGAGGCCCUGAGCCAGGACCCCCGACGCUACGAGGAGUGGAAGUGGUUCCGCUGUCCCACACUGCUAGAGGUGCUGGAACAGUUCCCAUCGGUGGCCCUGCCUGCGCCCCUGCUCCUCACUCAGCUGCCUCUGCUCCAGCCCCGGUACUACUCCGUCAGCUCAGCACCCAGCAUCUACCCAGGAGAGAUCCACCUCACUGUAGCUGUGCUGGCCUACAGGACCCAGGAUGGGCUGGGCCCCCUGCACUAUGGCGUCUGCUCCACUUGGCUGAGCCAGCUCAAGGCUGGAGACCCUGUGCCCUGCUUCAUUAGGGGGGCUCCGUCCUUCCACCUGCCACCUGAUCCCAGCUUACCCUGCAUCCUGGUGGGCCCAGGCACUGGAAUCGCCCCCUUCCGGGGAUUCUGGCAGGAGCGGCUACAUGACAUUGAGAGCAAAGGGCUGCAGCCCGCCCCCAUGACCUUGGUGUUCGGCUGCCGAUGUUCCCAACUCGACCAUCUCUACCACGAUGAGGUGCAGGACGCCCAGCAGCAUGGGGUGUUUGGCUGCGUACUCACUGCCUUCUCCCGGGAACCCGAUAGCCCCAAGACAUAUGUGCAGGACCUCCUGAGGACCGAGCUGGCAGCGGAGGUGUACCGCGUGCUGUGCCUGGAGCGGGGCCACAUGUUCGUCUGCGGCGACGUCACCAUGGCAACCAGCGUCCUGCAGACAGUGCAGAGAAUCCUGGCGACCGAGGGUGACAUGGAGCUGGAAGAGGCCGGCGACGUAAUCGGCGUGCUGCGGGACCAGCAACGCUACCACGAGGACAUUUUCGGGCUCACGCUGCGCACCCAGGAAGUGACCAGCCGCAUACGAACCCAGAGCUUUUCCUUGCAGGAGCGGCAGCUUCGGGGCGCAGUGCCCUGGGCGUUCGACCCUCCUGUCCCAGACACCUAGACGGGCUGC